AUGGACACAGUCAGCCACAGAAACGACAACAAACUCGGCGGUCAUGAGAGGUUAUGUCGGUCGGAUGUUUCCGGAUCGCUGGUUCGGCUGGUUCGUGCAUUUCCGCCAGAGAGCGACGUGCUUCACGCCGCAGCGUGCGGAGCGCGUGAGUGGUUGAGUUCGGCUCUGAAGAGAGCGCGGACACCACUGCACAAUGACAAACACGGUCUCAGUGUGCUUCAUAUAGCAGCUCUACAUGGACAUCUGGACUGUAUGGAUCUGCUGCUGGAGGAUGGUGGUUCUGUGGAUGUGAAUAGCAGUUGUCCUCAUGGACGCAGACCUGUACAUAUGGUGCUGACCGCUCAGAGCCGACCCAACACACACGCCUGCCUCAUUUACCUGCUGGAACAUGGAGCCCAGAUCAAUGUGUAUGAACGCUGCGACCUCUCUAGGAUCUGGGGCCACAGGCUCACUGCCAGGUUUCUGAAAGAUGCCAUGUGGUGGAAAGACAAACAGCAGGGGAUCAAGAAAAGCAAACAGCUACAUGAUCUCAGGCAGGUCCAGUGUUGCAGUGUGCUGGAUCUGCCUCACUUGGGUCGCUCCCUAAAACCAGAUGCCUCGCCCUGGACUGAGGUGGCCAUGCACUUGGCCGAGGAGCUGAAGCCAGGACACUAUUAG